CUCGGAACCAAAGUUGUAUCCGUCAGCAUUACGAAGAUCACCUCUUCCAGAUAUUGAAGUUCUAGCACAAAAUCUCCGUGAUAAUUAAUUCAACAAAAUGUCCAAGCAAAAAGCAACCCCAAACUCAAAGGGUGAAGAAGUCGAUUUAACGGAGCCCGAGUUAAUUAAGACAGAAAUAGACCAACUACCAAAAGACCCCAGCGAAGCAGAGGGAAUAAUACGCGAAGUUGAUGAGAUGAUCAAGAGUCUACCUGAAGACACAAAGGAGAAGAAAAAGCUCGAAUACAGUCUAAAGAAAGCGGCUCUACUUGGGUUAAGUAAAGACCUUCAAAAAGUCAUGAGCUCCAAUGGUCUAGCACUUGAAGGUCUAACGUUGGUUCGAGAAUAUCUGACCACUAAACUAGACUUGGCAAGGUUUUUGGUCAACACUACCGAUGACAAAGUACCAGAGGCCAUGAAGAUGAUCAAAAGAAAACUUGGGCCAAAGCUCGAAGUUCUUGGUGAGUUGGCAAACAGAGGGUACGACCAAUCAGACGUGCGUGUCCAGAAGCUUGUUGAACUCGCUCCCUCCCUCCACGAGCUUGGAAAAGUUGUAAAAAGCACUAAGAAACUACGCGAAUUGAAGUUUGACGUUGAAGAGCGAAAGGAGAUACACAAUCUUGCAAAAGCGGACAGCUCGGUCGAUGGUGGAAACCCUGCUUCCAAAAGGAAAAAAGAGGAAAGAAAAGAAAAACUUGAAAAAGCGAAGGAGCUGAUGAAUCAAGCCAAAAAACUUGCAUCGGAAAAUCUUGAAAAAAAUCGAAAAGAGCUGGAUGAGAAGAUCAAAGAGAUCAAGAAACUGGUUGAGCUUCCAUCAGAAUGGAAUAGCAUAGACAAAGAUUUGCCCGAACAAAUGCUCGAGAAGCUUAAGACCAAAAUUCAAGAACUAGAUGAGUUUAAAGAAUCUAUCCCCAGCUAUGACAGUGUAGAAGAAAUCGUUGCUAAUGCUAGUGGAGGGCUUGCACUGAAAGGAAUCUACUUUUCCAAAUGGGAAAAGCCCCAAACUUCAAAUGUCCCAAUCUUGAAGCCACCACAAAAGGUAGAAAGUUGGAACACACAGUCACCUUACGAGACGGGCUUUCGCCAAUUUUCAGAAGGACAUUCUGCAGAAAUGUUUUCCAAAGAAGUCGAAAGUUCUGGCUUUACCCAUGCAGACGUUGUUUGUGGAUUUUGUCUUACAUUCGCAGCAGCAGCGAGCGGUACUUAUGGAACCCAAACAUCAGACGAAAGUGAGAUGUCAGUCAAGACCACCACUACAAGUGUCUCAGCAACGAACUUUUGCCGCUCUGCGAUGAAAAGUUUCGCUGUCCCAAGAAGUUGUCUUCACCCCACUGAGCAAGCAUGUAAUAUGGCUUUGAGUAUCACAGAAAGAGCAGACGACAAGAAGAUAAUGAAAGAAGAGAUCAGAAGAUUUUUCAAAAUUUACGGCAGCCAUGUACCUUACGGCGUUCACCAGCUUGGAGGGUUAUUCUUUACAAUGAGUACAGCGACGUCUGAAAAAGAAGUUGAUACUACUAAACUAAUGCAUCUUAACGCUACAAAGUUGACUACGCAGGUGUCUGCUGGUUUCUUUGGUGGUGCGUGGGGAGUUGGAGGAAGUGAUAUGCACGAGUACAGCUCCUCGAAGGCUUCCAGCGAAGGAUCACAAAUUGAAAACGAGAGCGUCCAUUAUGCAUUCAGUGUGAAAUCCAUUGGUCCACACGCAGACAAUCCUGCAUCUUUUAAGAAGGCUCUUUCCACCAACAAUGCCACAUGGGCCAUAUUAGAUCGUGGUGACACGGCUAUUAAUGUUCCUGUAUGGGAACUACUACGUGAAGAGGGCCAAAAGUACCAUCUCGUUGCAAAACUGAUGGAGGAGACAUGGAUUGAAGACGAAGAAAUGA